CAUAUAAUGAGCUCUACUAGUAGCGAAAUAAAUGAUGAAGUAGAUGAUUUUUGACAGUUUGCACGGCUAAAGACAGUAAGAACCAAGAUGGAAGAGUCAAUUAAUCUUCCAAAUUAUAGAAAAUCAAUGUUUUUGAAAGACUUCCAGUCACUGAAAUUCAACUCUGUCAAAUCACCCUGCUCCAAAGCCUCUAAAUUCCUCAAAACGAGUCAUCUCCGGAAGGUGCUUUUCUCUAAGAACCUAAGUUCAAAAUCCCUUUCCAAACAGUACCGCAAACCCUCUCCUAAAAAGCCUGCUCAUCAGUCGACCAAGCGUAUCAGACAUCUCUCUAGCAUGAUCAAUCCCGAAGGCCUCCGGAUUCCUCACUCAAAAUCAACUACUCGAAAGCUCAUUUUCUCAAAAGCGAGCUCAAACUCGCUUUUUCCGAAACCUAGGUUUGAAGAGCCAGCAGAGUCAAAACAGGUUAAUGUGCUUAAUGUGAAGGAAUAUCUUCUUAAAAGUAUCAUACAGGCUAAAAGCCAUGAAAUAGGUCAGACUAGGAAUAAGCCAAAUUUAACAAAGAAUAAGAACAAGCAAUCCCCAGUACAAGAUACAAAAUUUAGCAGAGAGUUAGAAUAUUAUGUAAACAAGCAGAAAAACAACAUCAGGAAUUAUUUUGAUAAAACUAAAAAAAACGGACAAAAUUUAUUCAAAGUUCUCAGACUGAAGCCGAACCUUAGUGCUAGAGAUCUCCAGAAAUUACAAUGUGGGUAUACUGAUAAGAAGAAUCUGGAUAUGACGAGAGCACCUAAAGAUGAGUGUAAAGUUCAUGGCAAUUUUCAAGUUACUCAAAGUGAUAACAAACAGAGGAAGAAAUUAAAGAUUUCUCAACAAGAAAUUGAAACUUUUCGAACUCGUAUUACAGCAAAGAGUUCGGAGAAAACUCGAGGGAAGAUUGGUAUCGGAGGACGAAAAAUGAGCCAAAAGCCUCUGGAUUCUCUCAAAACACCAAAGAUUCCUGACCUAAAUGAGAAGAAGUGUUCUCGGAGUGGUUACAAGAAAAGAUUGAAACAGAAACUUCUUAUAAAAGAUAGCUACUUAAAUCUGACUCCUUUACAACUUCUUCAAUCUGUCCCAAGCACUAGAACGAUGACCAGCAGGGCUAUUAACACAUCUCCCAAGAACCCUAUGGGUACUUUAUCAUAUGCAAAGAUGUUUCUCUAG